AUGGUUUUCAUAAAAACAAUCAUAGAGGGAAAAAUCUCAGUAAAAGCAUUAAUCGAUACAACAUCUAAAUCCAAUACUAUUAGCAAGCGUGUGUAUAAUAAGCUUGAAGAAGAUUAUGGGUUAGAAGGAAUAUCUGGUGAUGAUUUGAUAGGCAAAGAAAUAAAAUGCUUAGAUUUGCAAUUUCGGUAUAAAGGAAAAUGGCGAAGCUUAGAUGAAUCUGAAUCUGGUCUUGCUCAAGAGGAGGUUAUAAAUAUAAUUAACAAAAUUCUCUCAAAUACUGAAGAUAGACUUGAAGAGUCAUUGUUUUGUAAUAAUAAGCAAUGA